GUCAGCUCCACCAUGCCAGGCUGCCAGCUCCUGUGCCUCUGGACUGUAGACGCAGCGCAAAUUCCUCUCUCAUGUUUCUUUCCAACGCGACACUAAGCAGAGAAUGCGGCUGUUCACUGUCACAACUUUGCUCUUUUUCGUCCUCAACUCGGGGCUGGCUCUGCAGAUCCAGUGCUAUCAGUGUGAGGAGAUGACACACAACGACUGCUCCACCCCAGAGUUCAUCGUCAACUGCACCGUCAACGUGCAGGACAUGUGCCAAAAGGAGGUGCUGGUGAAGGAGGACGGGAUACACUACCGCAAGUCCUGUGCCUCGUCGGGAGCCUGUCUGAUUGCUUCCUCUGGCUACCAGCAGUUCUGCACUGGCAAGCUGAACUCAGUUUGCAUCACCUGCUGUAACACACCGCUGUGUAAUGGACCACGCCAGAAGAAACGGCCCCUACCGUCCACUGCCUCCACCUUGAGCCAGUCACACUCCCCCAUCCUGCCUCUCUCCGUCCUCUUUGUAAUUUCUUUGACCCUGUGCUGACAGACCCUCAGACACUGAGUAAGAUGUGUGAUGCAAAUGUACAAGGAGUUACGGUGGGACAAGACGAGAACUGGAACUGGAUUUGCUGAGACCAUGAAGAAGGCACACACUGACAUGUAUAUUCUUAAAAAGUGAAGAAGGCAUGCAUUGUAUUUGCUCCCUGAAUCCCCAGGCUUUUCGUUGCAGUUUGCCUCCAGAAUCUGAAAGGUCAAAAGAUGUAGACGGUGCUAGGGGAUUUUAUCAUCAAAUGUGUCAACAAACAAAUCUUGCUGCAAGGGGAGCUGGGUAAAGUGAGGUGGAAGACAUUACCGUGGAUGAACCAGGCAUGGAGUGAUACAGCUUCCGGCUAGUUUGUUGAACAAGGGGUGGCAUUUGUCUUUAUUUAACGUACACUAGGAGGUCAACUUAGGUGUCAUGCAGGGAAAAUGAUAAACAGCCUAGGUUCAUUAUUCAUGCCUAAACCCUCAGGCAGAGAGCUCUACUAUUCUAAUACAAUUAAAUACCUUAUAAAGAAUGCCACUGAACGCAACAGUCAUUUUACUGUAUAUUUGUGGAAUAGAAAAAAAGACAAGUGUGUAAAAUAAUAGUGUUUCAUGAAUCUUUGGUAAGACUGCCCCAAAUACAUACAUGGUAGUCCAUUGUGGUAAACUCAGUUAUUUGGCAAAACAAAACAAACCAUUCUACCAAACAUCCUUCAAACAAUCCUACAAUCCUACAACACUGUACAAACAUAACACUGAGUAACAAGCCACUAAUAUACAGUGGAAAGCAUCAGCAGAUCCCCCCUGUCCCGUUUCCAUCCUGUAACUGUCCCACAUGUCAUAUGCUGUAGAUAACGCUGAAGAAGCAUGUUAAUAGUACACAGUUCCUUUAAAAUGACUAGGUUUUGCACUUUCAGAUGGUUGGAAAUGGAACACAAAUACAUCUGUAAAAUCUAGGACAAUGGAAUGAAUGAAUUAUUCUUAUUAUUAUUUUUUUUUUAGGUGUUUUACUCUGCAAUAUCUGAUCAGAGGGUUGGCACUGAAAUCAUCUGCAUCUCUGGUUGAUAGCCAUGUCCAUAUUGUGUGCAUGCUACCCCUUGACUGUAUGGUAAAGUAAAUGAUUAGUGUUAUCGAAAGUGUGAAUAUGGACAUUUUAAUAUUCCAAAGUUGGUACUGAUUUUUACUCUAUGUACUGUACUGGAGAUUCAUAACUACUGAAAACAAAAUGUCAAGUAUGACUCAAAAACAAAAAAAAAGAAAAGAAAAAACAUCAGAGAUAAAAACUAAUGUGUGCCCCAGACAAAGUUGUCUAAUGGAGACAGAGUUGUAUUUGUGCCAACCCUCUAAUCACAUACUGGGGAUGGUGACCAACGCAUCAAACUCCCAAAAGGCGGUCCAGUCUUUUAAAAUGUCGCUAAAUGCUGUUUAUAGUUGCUUUUGCCAUAGUCCUAAGACAAAAACAUGGUAAAGUUGUCUGUGUUGGUGGUUUGGGUAUUGCCCUUGGAGGUAACUUUAAGUUUAAUUUUAAUCAAAACCCCAGCGGGGGUUCAUGUAUAAACUUAACCCCUAAAUGUGCAACCCUACAGCUUUUGAUUAAUCCUUUUCUGAAAUGAUAACAAUUUCACAUUUUUGGCAAAUAUAAGUUAAAGUUCCCAUUGAGAGGUCCCAUCAUGCUUUUCUAUUGUACCAAACUGUCAACUCGGUGUUGUCUGUCUUGGAAAAUUCAAACUUAACUCUUUGUGUUGUGUUUCCUGUGUCCCCGGGUGGCACAACACAAGUGUCCUUGGCUAAAGCAGUUUGUGUCAUGUUUUAUUUUACCCUGUUUACAGUGUUGCAUUAAACUGUGCUGCACCUUA